CGCAGCCAACUUCGUGGCGGGUCAAAUUGAAAACACUAGUGAGAAGAAUUCUAAACCACUCUAAAACUUCGUUUAAGAUUUAAGAUUUAUAGUUAUAACGUUAAAGGACUUUUAUAACGGUUUUAUAAAAAUAUUAUGAAAGCUAUGUCUCAUCAUUACGUGGUGACGGCACAUAAACCUACGGCUGUCACUGCUUGUGUGACUGGUAAUUUUACGUCACCAACGGAUCUGAAUUUAAUAUUAGCCAAAAAUGUACGAUUAGAAAUAUAUCUAGUUACUCCAGAAGGAUUAAGGCCCUUAAAGGAAGUUGGAAUUUAUGGAAAAAUUGCUGUAAUAAAGUUUUUCAGACCACCGUAUGAAAGAAAAGAUUUGUUAUUUCUCCUAACAACACGAUACAAUGCUAUGAUUUUGGAAUGUAUUGGAGAAGGAGAAGAUAUAGAAAUAAGAACCAGAGCACAUGGAAAUGUAGCUGAUCGUAUUGGAAAAGCGUCAGAAACUGGUAUCAAAGCUGUCAUUGAUCCUAAAGCACGUGUAAUAGGACUCAGGCUAUAUGAUGGUCUUUUUAAGAUUAUUCCUUUGGAUAAGCAUAAUCCAGAGUUAAAGGCAUCGUCUAUUCGUAUGGAUGAACAACAAGUGCAAGAUGUUCAUUUCCUACACGGAUGUGCUAAUCCAACAUUGAUCUUAAUUCAUCAAGAUAUUAAUGGAAGGCAUGUAAAAACACAUGAAAUCUCAUUGAGAGAUAAAGAAUUUGUUAAAAUACCAUGGAGACAAGAUAACGUAGAACGUGAAGCCAUGAUGGUGAUUCCUGUGCCUUCUCCAAUUUGUGGUGCAAUUAUAAUAGGACAAGAGAGUAUUUUAUAUCACGAUGGAACUACGUAUGUGGCUGUUGUACCUCCAAUCAUUAAACAAAGUACUAUAACAUGCUAUGCUAAAGUAGACAAUCAAGGGCUCAGAUAUUUAUUAGGAGAUCUAGCUGGGCAUCUGUUCAUGUUGUUUUUAGAACAAGAAAAGAAACCUGAUGGCACACAAGUAGUAAAAGACUUAAAAGUAGAACUUUUAGGCGAAAUUAGUAUUCCAGAAUGUAUAACUUAUUUGGAUAAUGGUGUAAUAUUUAUUGGUAGCCGUCUAGGUGAUUCUCAAUUGAUUAAGUUAAUAACAAAGGCAGAUGAAAAUGGAUCUUAUUGUGUACCAAUGGAAACAUUUACAAAUCUAGCACCAAUAGUUGACAUGGCUGUUGUUGAUCUUGAAAGACAAGGACAAGGUCAGAUGGUUACUUGUUCCGGUGCUUUUAAAGAGGGUUCUCUUAGAAUCAUCAGAAAUGGUAUUGGUAUUCAAGAACAUGCAAGUAUCGAUUUGCCAGGCAUCAAAGGCAUGUGGGCUCUUAAAAUUGGUGGUGGUAAUUUUGAUAAUACAUUAGUACUUUCUUUUGUCGGUCAGACAAGAAUUUUAACUUUGAAUGGUGAAGAAGUUGAAGAAACAGAUAUACCAGGCUUUGUUGCAGACGAACAAACCUUUCAUACUGGAAAUGUGACUAAUGAUUUAUUUAUUCAGAUUACGCCAAGCUCUGCAAGAUUGAUUUCAAAUGAAAGUAAAUCUGUUGUAUCUGAAUGGGAACCCACUAAUAAAAGAACCAUUAGCGUAGUUGCUUGCAAUGGUAUUCAAGUAUUAUGUGCCACUGGUAAUGAUUUAUUCUACAUGGAGAUUAUACAUAGUCAAAUUAUUCCAAAAGGAUUUGCUACAUUACAGCAUGAGGUGGCAUGUCUGGAUAUUUCUCCAUUGGAUGGAAGCAAUGAAGCACGUGUAGUUGCAGUAGGUUUGUGGACAGAUAUUUCUGUUCGAAUUUUAACUCUACCUAUUUUAGAAGAAAUAAAUAAGGAAUUAUUAGGCGGUGAAAUCAUACCAAGAUCAAUUUUAAUGACUUGUUUUGAAGGUAAUACAUAUCUUCUGUGUGCACUUGGAGAUGGUAGUAUGUAUUACUUUACUCUGCAUAAGCUAACUGGUCUUCUCUCAGAUAAGAAAAAAGUUACAUUAGGUACACAGCCAACAGUACUAAGAACCUUUAGGUCCUUAUCUACGACCAAUGUUUUUGCUUGUUCUGAUAGACCAACAGUCAUCUAUUCUUCAAAUCAUAAGCUUGUGUUUAGUAAUGUUAAUUUGAAAGAAGUAAAUCACAUGUGUUCAUUAAAUGCAGAAUCAUAUCCAGAUAGCUUGGCAUUGGCUACAGAUAGUACUGUAACUAUAGGAACAAUUGAUGAAAUUCAAAAAUUACACAUACGAACUGUUCCACUUGGAGAAUCACCUAGACGAAUUGCAUAUCAAGAAAGUUCUCAAACUUUUGGCGUUAUCACAAUGCGGGUAGAUAUGCAAGAAAGCAGUGGUGUUAGUAUUGUUAGACAUUCUGCAUCUACUCAAGCUGCUUCAACAUCUAGCAGUAGUCAUAUAGCAGCUCAUAAUAAACCAACAGGACAUACGGCCAGCGAGAUUGGACAAGAAAUUGAAAUCCACAAUCUUCUUAUUAUAGAUCAACAUACAUUUGAAGUUCUUCAUGCACAUACAUUAAUGCCUACUGAAUAUGCCUUAUCAUUAAUAUCUACAAAAUUAGGUGAAGAUCCAACUUCUUAUUAUGUAGUGGGAACUGCAUUAAUAAAUCCUGAUGAAACUGAACCAAGAAUGGGCAGGAUAUUAUUAUAUCACUGGGGUGAUGGAAAACUUACUCAAGUAGCAGAAAAAGAAAUCAAAGGAUCAUGUUAUUCAUUGGUAGAAUUUAAUGGAAAACUUCUUGCAAGUAUCAAUAGCACAGUUCGUCUAUUUGAAUGGACUGCUGAAAAAGAACUCAGGCUAGAAUGUAGUCAUUUUAAUCAUAUUAUAGCACUGUAUCUUAAAACCAAAGGUGACUUUGUCUUAGUUGGAGAUCUCAUGAGAUCUUUAACACUUCUUCAAUACAAAACUAUGGAAGGUAGUUUUGAAGAAAUAGCCAGAGAUUACAAUCCUAAUUGGAUGACAGCCAUUGAAAUUUUAGAUGAUGAUACCUUUUUAGGAGCUGAAAAUUGCUACAAUCUCUUUGUUUGUCAAAAAGAUAGUGCAGCUACUUCUGAGGAUGAAAGACAACAAAUGCAAGAAGUUGGUCAAUUUCAUUUAGGUGAUAUGAUAAAUAUUUUCCGUCACGGUUCUUUAGUAAUGCAAAAUUUGGGUGAAUCAAGCACACCAACUCAAGGUUGUGUACUAUUUGGAACUGUAAGCGGUGCUAUUGGUUUAGUUACUCAAAUUCCAUUUGCAUUUUAUGAGUUUCUUCGUAACUUAGAAGAUAGAUUAACAAGUGUAAUUAAAAGUGUUGGCAAAAUUGAACAUAAUUUUUGGAGAAGUUUUAACACUGAAUUAAAGAUUGAACAGUGUGAGGGUUUCAUAGAUGGCGAUUUAAUAGAAAGUUUUCUUGAUUUAAGUCAUGAUAAAAUGGCAGAGGUUGCCAUGGGUCUUAUGAUCGAUGAUGGUAGCGGUAUGAAGAAAGAAGCAACGGUUGAUGAUCUCGUAAAAAUUGUUGAAGAUUUAACAAGAAUACAUUAAAAAACUUGUUUGACUGAUUUCUGCAGUCAGUGGUAUAUAAAACGUAUAUAUGUGGUAAUAUACCAAAAGAUAAAUUUAAAACGAACAAAAUGUAAAUACAGUUCCAUUUACUUAAAGGAUAGAAUUUAUUUGAGAACUUUUUUAUUAUUAUGUACGUUUUCAUUAAAUAAUAGAAAAAGUAUUAUAAUUAAACAAGUUUCCUUUCCAUAGAAAACGUCUCUAAAAUUAACAAGUUUUGCAGUUAUAAUAAAUAUUGGCAUUUUUAAAUGCUACAUAUUUUUAUAAGCACUGAAUGGUAUUGAUAGAUUCCUAUGAAUUGAGUAAAUUUCAUAUUAUUUUUCUUUUUCUCUCUUCUUAUUAUAAUAUACAUUAUUUUCAAAUAUAAAUUAUUAUAACAGAACAAAAAAGUAUCUGUGAUGUGUCCAUAAAUUUAACUGUACUGCAAUACUUUAUCAUUUAUUAUUCUCACUAUCCCUUAUUUCGAUAUCGUUUUAAAGCAUGCUAACAAUUACUACUGUCUGUAUAAAUAGACAUUGUUUAACAGUUUUCAACUGUAUAAAUACUAUGGUAUAAAUAUUUGUGUUAUUACCAAUUUGUUUUAAUAAAAUGACUGUUUUAGCCGCUAAAUGGAAUUAUAACAAUAAAUUUACAUAUUUGUAAGAUUGAAUGUAAAUAAAAAGAGUCAUCCAUUUGGA